GUGAGUUUUUUUCAUUGAAGGCACUGGAACAUUUAUUCCGCUUCUUGCGUUGGAUUUCCUACCUGUGGUGAUGCAACUUUAUUGGUUUUGAAUGGUGUGUGUGUGGAGGUGACAGUGCUGGUGUAAUACAACAUCGCCUCCUGUCACAUAUGCCACAAUGCAACAAGUUCUAGAAUAUGCAUUGGAUCGGGCUGAGUACAUUGUUGAAAGUGCUCGUCAGCGACCGGCGAAGAGACGAGUGUCCUCAAGUGGAAGGAAAUCCUUAUAUCAGAAACUUUAUGAAUUGUACAUUGAAGAGUGUGAAAAGGAACCCGAGUUGAAGAAACUGAGAAGAAAUGUGAAUCUACUAGAGAAACUUGUAUCGCAAGAGUCGGUCUCAUGUCUGGUGGUCAACUUGUAUCCUGGAAAUGAAGGAUAUUCUCUCAUGCUCCGAGGAAAGAAUGGAUCUGAUUCAGAAACGAUUCGUCUUCGAUAUGAGGAGGGAGAGUUGCUGGAGUACCUGGAUGCUGAGGAGCUGCCGCCCAUCCUUGUAGACCUUUUAGAAAAAUCACAAGUGAACAUUUUUCACUGUGGCUGCGUCAUAGCAGAGGUCAGGGACUACAGACAGUCCGGCAAUGCAAAAAUGCCCACCUACCAGAGCCGACACGUACUGCUGAGACCCACUAUGCAGACCCUGAUCUGUGAUGUUCAUGCUAUGACAAGUGAUCAACACAAGUGGACACAGGAUGAUAAACUUCAGCUGGAGAGUCAAUUGAUUUUGGCUACAGCAGAACCGUUGUGUCUGGAUCCCUCGAUAUCUGUCACCUGCACCACCAACCGUCUACUCUACAACAAGCAGAAGAUGAACACGCGAUCAAUGAGACGGUGUUUUAGAAGACACUCGCGAGCGGCUCUGAACCGACAGCAGGAGAUGAUGAACCACUGCCCAACGCUGCCCCAGCUCAGACUCCUGGACUACCUGCAGAGGAGGAAAGAGAGGAAACCCGCUCCAUCAAUAGACCUCAAGAUCUCCAAAGCUGGAAAUUGUGUUGAUAUGUGGAAACAGAGCAGCUGUCAGCUCACCAUCCCUGCAGAUAUUGAUGUGGAGAAGUACGCAGUGGCGGAGAAGUCAGUCAAACUAGAUGAGAAUCAGCCUACUGUUUGGCCUUCACAGGACGUAAGAGACGACUACAUUUUCGAGUGCGAGGUGGGAGGGCAGCCACAGAGAACGAAAGUCACGAUCUUCCAGUCUAUGGGGGACCCGCUCGUGUACGGCAAAAUUUACAGCGCCAAAGACUCCAGAUCGGAGGACGACGUCACAGACCUGCAUCUCAUCCACCCACCAUUCCUCAUUGGUUCAAAAACAGAUGCCGAGCGGUUUUUGAUGCAGUAUAAGGAAGUGUACGAGCGAGACGUGAAGUGUCCGGUUAAAAUGGUACACAACUCGGGCAUCGUGGGGCCGCAGGGUCAGAUCUCCCCGACCCGAGAGACUGAGGCUGAUGGUUUCUCAGCAUUGGUCCAGUCUUCGGUUUUAGGCAAGGGUGUCAAACACAGACCGCCUCCUAUUAAACUGCCAGCCGGCUCAGCUUGCAGCUCCUCAGGUAAUCCGUACAGUACACAGGCCUCCACCGGCCAUCUCAAGUGCCCGACCCCUCCACCCACAAAGAACCAGUCGCUUUCCCGAAAACACUCCAUGGAACUUGGCCUGCUGUCCCCUGCUGCUCUCUCGCCCAUGCAGAGAUCAGGAACACCCAAGCCCUCCACGCCCACACCCACCAACACGCCCUGCUCUACGCCACACCCUGCCGAUAUUCAGAGUGCCACACCCUCGGUAACGCCCACCCCUCAGGACCCCACGCUCACACAGCAGCCUACCCUACUGACUUCGUUUGCACAGCAGCAGAUGGCCCUGAAUCAGGGUCUGCCCGUCAUGACGAUCCCCUUACCCACAUCCGGCACCACUACUUCACAGGUCAUGACCAACCCAGCUGGGCUGAACUUCAUCAACGUGGUGGGCUCUGUUUGUAGUCCACAGACUCUGAUGGGCGGCUCGAACCCAAUGCUGGGCUCUGGCAUCCCCCUGAGUGGACUUCUCCCUUCUGGUGGUCUCAUGUCUGGGGCAUUGCCUGCCAUGCAGCCUACUGCUCCAACAGCAGGUGGACCCUUCAGCCUGAACAGCAGCCCGGGACUACGACCGCUCAACCUUUUGCAGAUCCCCACAGGGCCACUGAUUUUUAAUUCUUUACAGCAGCAGCAAUUGUCUCAGUUUUCCCCACAGCAGCAAAGCAGCCACUCCGCCACUUCCAGCCCCCAGCAGCAGGGGGAGUCGGCUGAUGCUGGACUGACGCCAGAUCAGGGGCUGUCCGCCCAACAGACCGCGGUCAUCAACCUCACCGGAGUGGGAAGCUUCAUGUCUCCUCAGGCAGCAGUGCUGUCCCAGCUGGGUUGUGGUCUGGAUGGGUCCGGCCCCGGCCUGCCAUCCCCGAGGCUCCAGCAACAGCACCAGCCACAGAUCCAAUUGCAAUUCUUGCAGCACCAAAUGCAACAGCAGCAAAUGGGUAUGGCAGUGGGGGCAGCAGCACAGGCGGCGCUGCCACGGCAACAUUCCGCCAACCAGCCAAGAAGUAAGAGGAAACGGAGCACCCCACAGCCCCUUCCCAAAUCAUGACCUUCGGCCCCGGCCACGCACCCAUCAUGAGGAAGACAACAAUGGCACUGUGUUUGAUCUGCAGAUUUUUACGGACUGACUGUGGCUUGACUGGACUAAAAAUGUUUUUUAUGUUUAAAGAGGUACAGGAAUUGCCCGCCUGACCUCAGGACAGAUAAAUAGAUGGCAAGGAUUUUUAGAGCAGGGGACCUUAGAGUAUUACCGUAUUUUUUAACGAAAUACAAGAUAUGAAAUGAGACGAUUCUUGUAGGGUUCUCCAAGGCAUGCCGUCUUUGUUCUCCUUCCAAGUGGCCCUUUCUACGAGAGCCCAUUCGGCUCGAGAAAGCGGACCCUGUGCACACUAAUAAGGGCCGUACAGAUGUGCCUCAAUCACCUGUUGCUCAAUGUUACCGUUACAAGAGAAAACCCUUCUCUUUACUGCUGGAUGUCAAAGUGUUAGGCAGCCUUGUCCCAGCAUGCAAUUAUGUGCACAUUUUAAACCGGCAUUUUGUUAUACUGCGGGGAAGUUGAUGUAUAUUCUUAUGAAAAAAAAUCUAAACCAUGUGAGUGGAAGACAUUUCACCGAGGCAGAAUUUUUGUAAAUGGUCUUUGUCGGCAGUUUUAUUGUGAUAAAAGAAAGUAUAUAUUGACAGUGAAAAAUACAGCUUUUAGAUAAAAA